AUGAACUGGACGUCACAUGUUAUCGUGACACCUCCCUCUGCUCAUAUCCUCAUUAACCUCACUCCAAAACGACCAGACAGAGAAAUGGAUGAAGAUGAUGAAUUUCUAUACGGCGAAAAGUCCCAAACCUAUUCCGAACCUGCACCUGGUAAGGCGCUUCCGCUGGGCACAUAUGUUUCCGUUCAACUGGGAAAUGACGAUUUGUUCAGCGUUUCUACGGAGCGAGGACCAGCGCCGAAUGGAUUUCCUGACUUUCUUGAGAAUGAUGACCCGGAACCUGAAGUAAAUCGCACCCUGCCGACUGGGGAACGGCAAGCAGAGGAGGAGGAUGAGGAUGAGGAUGAAGGAGAUCAAGGUGACGACAGCGAUGAUGAUAUCGAAAUUAUAUUGGAGCCUGUCGCUCGGUCCCUCGACUUCCGGAACCAAAACAAAUCUUCAACCACACGAACUACUUCGUCAACACCUGCUCCAACGAAAGCACCCCAACCGUCAUUGACAACAGAAUAUACACCAAUACAACGAGGCGGCCCUCAACCUUCAGCGACCCCUUCCCAAAAUCAAGCAGAUACAAGUUUCUCGGGAACUACUCUAGCUACACCUACACCUGUGCAAGCACAACCAUCCCCAGCCACCCAGCCCCCACAACCUUCAGAACCGCAAAAUGCUGCUGUCGAUGACGGUGUCGAUACAUCUACACUUCCCGUAGCACAGGCGCCACCGUCUCACCCUCCCAUAGACCCAGACGUCACUGCUGUGUUUGAUGGACGCUCUAUAUUAGAAUUGGACCUCGGCGCUUUAGCAGACAAGCCCUGGAGACGCCCUGGCUCUGAUAUUAGUGAUUGGUUCAAUUACGGGUUCGACGAGUUGUCCUGGGAGGCUUACUGCUAUCGACGCCGUGAUUUGGGUGAUUUGGCAAACGUGCUGAAAACAAACGUCAUUGGGUUUUCUGCUAUGCCAGAAGACCAGCUCAUUGCGCUCCCUCCGGAUAUCCGUACGAUGGUUAUGACGGGUGCGAAUGCGAUGAUGAACAACGCUGGCGCCAACGCGAACAUGAUGCCUAUGAUGGAUAUGUCAAUGAUGGGUCCCAUGGGCAUGGGCAUGAAUGGGGAGAUGGGUAUGGGCAACCCAAUGAUGCAAGGUAUGAUGUCGGACGGUGGCCAAGCACAGCAGGGCGUUGGUGUCGGUGUAUUGCCUACCAACGCCCCGUCGGAGCAAGUCAACGGUGUGAAUAUGAUGCAGGAUGGGUUCAAUCCAAAUGCCCCUGGCAUGAUGAACAUGGGCAUGGGUGGCGAAUUCAUGCAGGAACAAAAUCAAAUGCCACAGCAGAUAUACCCAGUCAUGGAGCAGUCAAAUGUCGCGCCGGUGUCGAGUGGACGCGGAACGCCUAUCCCCUUCCGUGCUCGUGGCGCACCUGGAUUAGGAGGGCGUGCAAGAGGGUUCCCAGGCAGAGGACGUGGACGUGGUGGCCUCUAUGGUGGCGACGCGCCCGUUCCUGUUCCUGUACGCCCUGCGUCGCCGCUCCCUCCAGGCGUACCUACUGGACCGCGAAACCAGAACAAAUACAAGGACCGCGACGGAAAUGCGCCUGCUGUCGACGGGUUGGACUAUGGAGGGGGCAAGGAAGGCGGCAUGAGUCGGAGGACUCCAAGCGGAGAGCCCGAAGAGCGGAUAUCCAGCCGGAAACGGAGGAGUUCACCUGGCCUCGACGACAUUCGGAGUUCGAAGCGUCGCUGA